CGAACACCCAGCACUCUUCUUUCUCUUUUCCUGUAUUUGAAUUGUGGAAAGGGUAACACAUCUCUCUCGUGGUUUAUGGGCUUGCCGCAAGACUACGGCUUGUCGGAAAUGGACGAGACAAAAGUCACGAUGCCGUUCCCUGCCACUACGAGACAGCUAGCAGGCGAGGUCAACGGCGUCAAAACGGAUAUCAUGCACAUGUCCUUUGCCGACAAGAUCAUGAUCACCAUCACGCAGAAUGGUAGACUAUCGCAAUGGGUCACCGUCCCAUUACUAAGCGACAACCCGACCCAUUCAGACCCAUACUUCCAGACUGCUCGCUCCGAUGAAGACAACCUGUUACCAUCAGCUCGCUUCUCACCACGAAUCCUGCUUGGCGCCGGUGGCUCUGACCGUGAAGCCAUGGGCCAACUCUACGCGUCUCAGAUCGCCAAUGCCAUUGUCACGAAAUCGCCCGAAGAGAGCCGGUCUCUCAUGCUUGGACUCGGUCUCGCCAAAGUCGAAUUAGAUCGAGAAGUCUUUCUACAGGUCAUUGACCUCGUUCUAUCGGUGCUCUGAUAUAGCAGUCUACGCAGUCUGCUCGUAGCGCUACCUAUCAACAGCAUCAAUCAGACAUGCCGACCUGGCAUGCCAAAUUCGCCUUUCACUCCCGGAGCCAACCGCGUCUGCAGUCUUCGCACUAGCGUGACUUCGGCGGCCUUUCACCUCCUCGACCGAGGCAUUGACCUCGUAAUCCCCUUGCGCCAGUGCAAUGAUGCCCAACUCCGCGAUGCAAACGCCGCCGGGAUCAACUGCGGGAUGCAACGCACGCUGCAGGACGCCGGUCCAUGCAAAUCGCCUCGACAGGUCCAAGGCUAUAGUGUGAGGCUGAUGUCGAAGAGCGGGCUGAAGUCGAAGAAGUAGCUUCAGGGUAUCUUGUGUGCGGUUGUGGAUUUUGACCGACAAUGUGGCAAAAAGCUCAGGCUUCAUGGUGAAAUGAGAGCGGCCGACCUGCUGCACAGGCUCCGCCUCACCACUUUCGGGAGUGUGGUCUUCAGCCGGGACGAGGUUGUACUCAAUAUCCACGUGGUCCAACUUCAGCGUGUCUACCAUCCUAGGGCUCAGCCUGAUGGCCUUCCUAAGAUCGACAUUUCCAUGUCGGCCUGACGUCUCUUCCUUCCACGUGCCUCGUAAGCAUUUCAACAGUUGCUCACGAUACCAGAACGCCUCUCGACCGGCUGCUUCAGCUUCAGCGCUGAGCUUGGGGGUCGUUAGAACAAACUGUUUCUGGGUGUCGAGGGUUGGAAUAGGAGCAUAAGGGUCCUGGAUGAAGAGGCGAGGUAUGAGCAGAAUCACCCGGGUGACAUGACCUGGCUGCAGAGUCUCCUGGACUGAGAAAGCAUUGCCCCACAAGUCUUCGGCAGAUUCGAUUUCAGAGUCCGGCUUUCGAGCUUGGAUGUCGACACUGAGAGGUUGCGGCCAGACAUUCCGAAGGUCCAGAGAUAGCAAGCAGUAAUCCUGUGCAUCUGGUCGAGAUUUGAGCCAGUGCGAUAACUGUGAUAUGUCUGUGCUGUGAAGUUCAUCGACCUUG